GACGUGCAUCGGCCACCAGAAGAAGCUCUCCAGACGUCGACAGCCCAGCGUCAGCCAGAACGAUGCUGCUCGACAUCAAUCGCAAGCUCUUUGCCCGGUCCGACCGGGUCAAGAGCGUCGACUUCCACCCGACGGAGCCAUGGCUGCUCGCCGGCCUGUACUCGGGCAGCGUCAACAUCUGGAACUAUGAGACUGGGGCGCUCGUCAAGACGUUCGAGGUCACCGAGGUGCCCGUCCGCUGCGUCAAGUUCAUCGCGCGCAAGAACUGGUUCGUUGCCGGCAGCGAUGACUUCCAGCUGCGGUGCUUCAACUACAAUACCCACGAAAAGGUGACGACUUUUGAGGCACAUCCCGACUACAUUCGUUGCCUCGCCGUCCACCCCACGGGCAGCUACGUCCUGACGGGCAGUGAUGACAUGACGAUCAAGAUGUGGGACUGGGACAAGAACUGGCGGCACGUUCAGACAUUCGAGGGACACACGCACUACAUCAUGAAUCUCUCGUUCAACCCCAAGGACUCCAACUCGUUUGCCUCUGCCUGCCUGGACAGGACUGUCAAAGUGUGGACGCUGGGCUCGAGCAUGGCCAACUUUACGCUCGAGGCCCACGACAAGGGUGUCAACUACGUCGAGUACUACCACGGCGGAGAGAAGCCAUACCUGGUCACGACGGGCGACGAUCGGACAAUCAAGAUCUGGGACUACAUCUCCAAGUCUUGCAUUCAGACGCUCGAGGGACACACGUCCAAUGUCUCGUUUGCCUGCUUCCACCCGGCACUGCCCCUCAUCAUCUCGGGCAGCGAAGACGGGACAGUGAAGCUGUGGCACAGCAACACCUACCGCCUCGAAUCGACGCUCGACUACGGCCUCGAGAGGGCGUGGUGUGUGGCCUACCGAAAGACGGGCAAUGAUGUGGCUCUGGGAUAUGACGAAGGUGCCGUUGUCGUCAAGCUGGGCAAGGAGGAGCCCAGCGUCAGCAUGGACGGCAGCGGAAAAGUCGUUUGGGCAAAGGGCGCAGAGGUGCUGAGCGCAAACUUGGGCGCCAAUGACAACGAGAGCCUUGUAGACGGCCAGAGGAUUGCGGCAGGCACUCGAGAGAUGGGCAGCACGGAGGUGUAUGCGCAGCUGCUGCAGCACUCACCCAACGGCCGCUUCGUCACCGUCUGUGGCGACGGCGAGUACAUCAUCUACACGGCCCUGGCAUGGCGGAACAAGGCUUUCGGCGCCGGUCUCGGCUUUGCAUGGGCCAGUGACAGCAACACAUACGCUGUGCGCGAGGCUGGGUCCGUCGUCAAGGUUUUCAGGAACUUCAGAGAGCGAUCCGGUCUCGUCACGAUUCCCUACGCCGUAGAGGACAUCAAGGGUGGUGCCCUCCUCGGCGUCAUUGGCACCGGCUUUGUCUGCUUCUACGACUGGGAGACUGGCGCGCUGAUCCGGAGGAUAGACGUCGAGGCAAAGAAUAUCUACUGGUCUACAACGGGCGAGCUGGUGGCGAUUGCAGGCGAAGAGUCGUUCUAUGUUCUCCGCUUCGACCGACAGGCAUAUCAAGACUAUCUCGACUCGGGCGCACCGGUCGAGGAUGACGGCGUGGAGGAUUCUUUUGAUGUCGUCACAGAGAUUGCCGAGGUCGUCCGGACUGCAAAGUGGACGGGCGAGUGCCUCAUCUACACCAAUGCCCAGAACAGAAUCCAGUACCUGGUGGGCGAGCAGACGCACACAAUCAACCACACGGACAACGAGUUGUACCUGCUGGGCUACCUGCCCUCGCACGGCCGCGUCUACCUCGUCGACAAGGAUGUGUCCAUCUACAGCUUUGCUCUCUCGCUCGCGGUUGUCGAGUACCAGACUGCGAUUCUGAGAAAGGACUAUGCCGGCGCAGAGGAGCUCCUCCACACCAUUCCCGCCGAGCAGCGCAACAGGGUGGCCCGCUUCCUCGAGUCUCAGGACCUCCGAAAGAUGGCGCUUGAGGUAUCGACAGACCCGGAUCACAAGUUUGACCUCGCUGUGUCGCUGGACGACUUUGACACGGCUCUCUCGAUUGCCCAGACGGGCCCCGAGGCCGGCAGCGAACCGCGCUGGCGGACGAUUGGCGACAAGGCGCUGGGCCAGUGGAACUUGACGCUGGCGCGCGAGUGCUUUGAAAAGGCAAACGACCUCUCUGCGCUGCUCCUGCUAGCCACCUCGACGGGCAACCGCGACGUGCUGGAGCACGUGGCGACGCAGGCGGCGGCAAAGGGCCAGACGAAUGUCGCCUUUGCGGCCCGGUUGCAGCUCGGCGAUGCCAAGGGCUGCGUGAAGCUGCUCGAGGAGGCAGGGAGGAUCCCAGAGGCGGCGCUGUUUGCGCGGACAUAUGCGCCGAGCGCCGCCAGCGACGUCGUCAAGGGCUGGAAGGUGGAGCUGCAAGAGACGAAGCGGAGCAAGCAACGCGCGAUUGCAGACAGCCUCGCGGACCCGGCCACCGACGGUGGCGCAUUCGAGGAAGGGUGGGACGCGGCGCUGAAGCGAGAAGAGGAACUGACGGCCAUGGGGCUCGGCAAGCGCGGCAAGAUUGCAGAGAGCGACGCGCCCGUCGUCGUGACGGACUCGGCGCCGCCCAAGAGCACCACCAGCGUGCUCGAGGCAGCGGGUCAGCGGGCAGCAGAAGAUGCAAACGAGCCGCUCGCGACUGUUGCGAAUGGGUCAGCUUAGAUCUCUUUCUGUUCUCAUUCCCUUUUUGUGUGUUUAAAAACAAAUGGCAUCUUC